AUGAAGAAACUGUCAAACGACGUCACCAGUCACAUAGCGCACACGUUCAUACUGGUGGCUGUGCUAUGGGAGGCUGUCUUCCGGCCAAGACAGGAACCGAAGUCUCAUACAAGAAACGUCGUUCAUGCGCUGUCUGUCGUCGGAUUGUAUAUUGUAGUGAUGUCAUACACGUAUAAGACCGCAGGUACGUGGCUGUACCCGUUCUACGACGAGUCCUACGGCACCAUCUACUUCCCCCUGAUACAUCUUGUGACGUGCCUACUCACGGUGGGAUCGUACUACGCGCAGUGGCCGAUCUCGAGAAUUACACUUUUCAGCAAACAUCUCGGAAAGAGCAACAAGCUGCUAUUGAAUACGAACAUACAGAAAAGAUUGCAGUAA